GUUAGUUACUAGAACGGGGCUGUUUCCUGACAAGUCCUUGAAGAUUUCCUGCGGGGCUUUGUAUGUAUCUGUAGAGACCCGCUGCCUAGGAAACGCGUUGCGCGGGAUAUAGCGGCUCAAAACAAGACUCUGGGAAACCAUGAGCUCCCGUGGUGGCCAGCCGGCAUCUGUGCCCCGGACAUCGGCCAAGGUUGGAAAGCCCUCAUUUAAGAACCCUGUAAGCAGCCACUUCUUUCCGGAUUCAACAUUUCAAGAUAAUUUGGUGCUCAGAAGGGAAGAACAGAACAGUGAAAUUCAUACUCCAUUUAUGAACAGGAGCGAGCAAAAGGUAAAAAAAAAAAAGCUCUUAGAAGAAAAUAUAAGAUUAAAGCAUGAAUUAGAAGAUUUAAGAAGCCAAUAUGAACAGCUUAUAGAAGAAGGGAAGAAUGAAUGUUUUGAUGAAAGACGUGUCAAUCUUUUGAAGGCUCACAUACUACAACUGGAAAGACAGGUGGUGCUGCUUACAGAAGGAUUAAGUUCUCAAGCUGAUCUUUUAGUGGAGUUCAAUGCUUCUUUAGAAGCUUUUACUGACAAGCUUAGCUCUUUUCUUAGCACUAAAGAGUCUGCACUGGAAGUACUCAUUCCACGUCCAGAAUUUCUACAAACAAUUGAAAUAUGUCAUACAAUGAGACAAAAACUACAUAAAAACCAGCAAAUUUCUGAUUUAUCAAAACUUUCAUUGCCUUGGACUCUGGGAGGAAAUCUCAUUACACAACCAAUUACUCUCUUGGAUCUUUGCAAUGGCAAGAUAGAACAUUUAAAUCUUAGAUAUGUGAGUGCUCUUGAAGGAAAACUCAGCAAGCUGCAGAGACACCUGUUUGCCAUGAGGCAAACUCUAAGUCUCAUGCUUGCCCCAGGACAGAGGUCUUCUGAGACAGCUCAUCACAUCCUACCAACUUCUGUUUAUGCUAGGCUGAUAAAUCAGGCAGUUCAGUGUGAUCUGUCUGUGGCAGAAUGUUGUAGUGAUUUGCUUUCUUUGACACUGCUGGUACCUUCAGCACCUUGGGAAAUAUUGGAGUACUCCUUAAACCAGGAGUUUACUGUGGAGAAUGUGCUUGCAACACUUCCAGCCUUCCCCAAGGGUGGCCCUCAGCAACGUGCUAAAAGGGCCGCAGAAGCUCUGGUGAAGGCUCAAAAUUAUUCCAGACAAAUGGCAAUGCAACAGAUACAAGCUUUGCAAGCUGAACUUAAUUUCCAUAGAAAUUUAUAUAACCUGCAAGUUAAGUACAUUGAUGCUCUCUUCACUGGGAUAAAGCAAGCCUACCACAGGUUUCAAGAUAAUGUUGCAGUGGUUCUGUGUUCACCACUACAAGAUGUGUUGCCUUCUUACAUGAAACUUAAAACAGAAGCUUCAGAGGCUGCUUUGAAAGAAUUUCUCACUGCUUUCAGAAAUAAUGCCGAACAGAUCCAAUAUGCAGUUGAAACUUUAACGUCAAAGAAUCAACAGCAUGAAGGUGACGAGGCCUUGUCAAGGUUUGGAAAAGAGUUUUUCCUGUCUUUGGAACAUUCACUAAAAGCAUGUGGGGAACAGCGGGAUAAAGCAGCCAGUGAAAUGGAAACUUUACAGACUGAACUGGAUCAGGCCUUAGAAACUUUGCGAAAUUUAAAGGGGAAAAAGGGAACAAAAUCAAAGCCUAGUCAGCAUUUUCCAAAACAUGAAGAGGGCAAGAUGGAAGAAAUAAAAGCCAGGGGCUUGGAUGUACUUUCAAAAAAUAAGUCUGAGCCCAAUUCACCAUCCAGUUUCCUCCUGCAUAGGCAGAGCCUUUUACCAAAUCUUGCUACUGCUGAAGAAAAAGAAUUCAACAGCUCAUCUUCCAAGCUAACACUGGAAAAUUUUGAUGGUAUUCAACAGAAAGGGAAACUCAUUCACAGGAGCAAGAGUAUGAAGAACACUGCAAGGCCACCUUGGCAAGAUUAAACAUGGCUCCAGAGUGUUAUUACAACUUCUGCAAUAAGCAGAGGAGCAAAAAUUCAGUACAUCUUUGAGAUGCUGGUCCUUCAGGGAGAUGCAUGUUUAAUUUAGACUGUCACUUCUGUACCUUAAGUGGCUUCUUGAAGACACUUCAGACAUGCAGAGCUUUUAUUAAAAUGAAACCAAAUAUUGGGACACAGAAGCAACUCACAUUGUACUUUGAUGAGAUAUGGGAGGAAGCUUUAGCACAGUGGUUCUUAACCUGGGGGUCAGGACCCCUUUGGGGGUCAAAUGACCCUUUCACAGGGGUCGCCUAAGACUCUCUGCAUCAGUGUUCUCCAUCUGUAAAAUGGAUAAAUGUUAGGGUUGGGGGUCACCACAACAUGAGGAACUGUAUUAAAGGGUCGCCGCAUUAGGAAGGUUGAGAACCACUGGUUUAGCACCAUACUCAUGUUUGAAGAGAAACAAAAAUGUACUGCCAACAUUACAAUAUAGAAAAUACACAAACAUCAAUAACCCUCCUCAAAUUUUGCCAUACAUAUUACACUCUGAGUUAUACAGCUCCAGCAUUAUUCAUACAUUUAUUUGGUCCUCCUAGCAGUGGAUCAAUUAUGUUAUUUUUUAAAGAUAACAAGAGAAGCUUUCAGUAUGGUACUCAAUCAUGAAUUCAGUUAGGCCUAAAAAAGUGCACGCUGCAUAACAGAUUGGAAAAGAUUUAAAUUGUGCAUUGAUACACAUCUGACUGCUACUCCAAAUUGCCAACUUUUCACUUGUGGUCAAAACACAGAGCAGUUCAGUGUAUGCUGGUUUCUCACCCAUCUAUACAAUGGAUGGAAGGUUGCUGUGUUGGACCUACAAAGACUGUUUGGUGUCAGUACAGGAUGUGGCUGUGCUUUCUCUUUUUCUAAUACUUCCUGUUUAAUAUUGAGCCAAGAUCUCUGGAGUUGUAACUUGAAUGUCCCUGAAAAGAAAUAUAGUAAUUAAGCAAUUUUAUUUUUUUUCCUCCUUCCACUCCUCAAGAAAGUGGGUCCCUUUCUCAAGCACAUGCUUGUGACAGGAAAACAUUCCUGCAGCAGAUUUGUCAUGUGUAUAAUUCUCCUGAAUUAAGUAUAGUUCACUUUAAAUGGUCACAGCUAUCUGAGAAGUGUGUGGUUGUUUUGUUUUUUCCUUGGCUUGCUGCCAUUGAAAGAAAUACUCUGAGUACUCUGCUUAUGAGAUUCAUAAAACAUUGGAUUGUGGAGAGUGACAGAGUGAGGAAUCAGAAUGGCAUUGAAAAUGUUUACCAGUUGUAAGUGCUUUGUGAAGAGGCCUCAUUUUUCUUAUUGUCAAUGUUCUUUAUUGCUUUUAAUAUACUGGAAAAAAUUUAAAUUAACUUUUUACUGACAUUCUGAUGAAAUGUUUUUAUUUUCUAGUUAAUUAAUGAAACAGAAUGCAGUUUUAUUCUUAUGUUUAUUUCCUUGUUCCCACACCAAGCCCUUCAGUGGAAGGAUUUUUCCAAAAGUCUUUUGUUGCAAAUGCAUGCAAAUAUUCACAAGAACCUAAACAUGUUUGUGUCAGUACUUAAUACCCUUUAAUAGAUAAGUGGUCUUAGCCAUGUAUCUUGAAUUUUGAUUGAUGUUAGCUGUUUUGGGACAAAGUUUUGUCUAAAAAAGCAGCAUAAAAAUAUAAUGUGUAAGAAUAAGAAAAUCAAUGUUAACCUGCAAGUAUGAUUCAUUUGAUUAAGUAAAUAGGGCCCUAGACGUCCUUCAGUCAAUAAAUUAUCAUAUUCUGAUAAGACAGUAA